AAUAAAUUAAGGGGAAAUACAAUACAGAGUAAUUAUCUCCCCCAACAUAAACAGCAAUCAAUCACUGGAGACAGCUUUGUUCUCGAUUCUCUGUGUCUUCUUCUGUUAAUGAAAAACGAAUCACAGUCUUUCAUCAAGUGAUCAGUCAAACGAACUCUAGAUUGUUUGAUCGGAUUUUUGUGUCGCGAUCUUGAUAAUCUUGUUCGAUGGAGGUUCGACCAAAUCCGACGUCCGAUAACUCUACGAUCGCGAGGCAGCAGCAACAGCAACAGCAACAGCAUCAUCGUCAGCGUCGUGCGACCGCGAUUGCGACUCCAUCCAAACAAGCUUCUCCUCCUCCUAGCGCAGUCGACACCUCGUCCGUUUCGCAGAGGUUGCAGAAGGAAUUGAUGUCUCUCAUGAUGAGUGGGGAUCUUGGAGUGUCGGCAUUUCCUGAAGGUGAGAGCAUUUUCACCUGGAUUGGAACAAUUGAGGGUGGGAAGGAAACUGUGUAUGAGGGCUUAUCAUACAAACUCUCUUUACGUUUUCCCAUGGACUAUCCUUUCAAGCCACCCCAAGUCAAGUUUGAGACGAUGUGCUUCCAUCCAAAUGUUGAUCAGUUUGGCAACAUAUGUCUUGACAUCCUUCAGGACAAGUGGUCUUCAGCUUAUGAUUGCAGAACUAUUCUGUUGUCAAUUCAGAGUCUAUUGGGAGAGCCCAAUCCAGAGAGUCCUCUCAACAGUUAUGCUGCAGCUCUAUUGAACAACAAAGAAGAAUACAAAAGAAUGGUUCACAAGGAGUAUUUUGCAGGAGAAGUGUUCGAGGGCUGAUCUCUGAAAGUCUCAGAGGACAAAAUGUUUCUUCUGUUACCACUUUGAUUUUUCAUAAACCUCCAUGAAUAGGUCGAUUCAAUUGGGCGGUCCUGAUCUAGCAAUCCACAUCAUUCCACAUGGUAUGGAGUUGAUUCCUGUCUCUCCUUGUUCAAAUGAUUUUAUAUCAUGUAAAUGCUGAAUAAAUUCUACAAAAGGUUGUAUAGUUGUUUGAAUUGAUUGAAACUCACUCACAAAGUGCUUGAGUUCUUUUGCCAUUCUGUAAUUAAUAAUUUAGGCUGCUUCUUGUGAUGAUGUUCAACUGUUUGAACCAUUGGUACACUAUAUUCUUCUUUUCUUUCA